UCUAGAAUGAGAGAGUGUUCCCGUCCCGCCACAAAAACUAUUUCAGAAAACCCUAAUUUCUUCUGUGACCUACUACCAAGUAAUAACAUAUGUGUCAGUAGCAACGUUUGUGUAAUUUUGAUGGACUCUGCGCUAAAACCCAAGUAAAAGGUGUUGUAACUCUUUGUUGAGAUAGAUAGAUACAUAGAUCUGUCACUAUGAAAUCGAAAGAGACGGACUUUGGUCCCAGUAGAGAUAUAAUAAGUGGUCUACCAGAAGCUCUGCUUUGCCACAUUUUGUCAUUCCUUCCCAUUGAAGACUCUGCUUUGACUUCAGUUCUCUCCAAAAAGUGGCGCUAUCUCUUUGCUUUCAGACCAAAUCUUGAUUUCAAUGGCACUGUAUAUCUAAAACAUCCUGAAGUACUGGUUGACUACAACGACAUUGAUCGGAGUUUUAUAGAUUUCGUGAAUAGAGUUUUGGAGUUGCAAGGGGAUUCUACUGUCAACAAGUUCUCUCUUAUGUGUGGACGUGGCGUUGUUCGUUCCGAAUUUGUCAUAGAAUGGAUAUUAAACGUGCUGCGACGUGGUGUUACGGAUCUUGAUUUACGCGUUACUCUGGAUGAGGGUCGUCUGCCUUCAAAGAUCUUCGAGAGCAAGUCACUGGUUAGGCUGAGGAUAGAAUCUGGAAAUGUUUAUGGUAUUGAUUUUGAACAUGUUUCUCUUCCGAAGCUUAAGACUCUCUACCUUAAUAAAGUUAUGAUAGGAGACACUGGAGAUUGUUUUCACAAGCUUACAUCUGGUUGCCAUGUCCUCGAGGAAUUACUUCUCAUUAGAGUUUACUCCGAUUUGUGGAACCGCUCUCUGUCUUCCAAUUCACUCAAGAGACUAACGCUACAUCAUUGUGGUGAAGAAUAUGACCAUAAUCCAGAUACUGUUUCGUUUGAUACACCAAAUCUUGUUUAUUUUGACUACUCUGAUCAUAUUGCACGCAAGUAUCCAAAAGUGGACUUUGGUUCCCUUGUUGAAGCUACUAUCGAUCUUGCAAUGACAUCUCAUCAGUAUGCACAUGCAAACUAUGGAAAUUUGGUCGGCAAUGCAUCAGAUUUUCUUAAGGGAAUCUGCAAUGUUCAGAUCCUUUACUUAUCUGCCAGCACUCUCGAGGUUCUUACUUUCUGCUGUAAACCAGUGCCGGUAUUCAACAACUUGAUUCAUUUAACUGUGGAGACCCAUAGAGUAGGAUGGGAAUCUGGAAUCGGAUGGGAAUCACUGCCAACUCUACUCAAGAACUGCCCAAUUCUAGAAACUCUUGUAUUCGACGGACUCCUCCACAAAUAUACAAUCAAAUGCGGGGAUGUUGACGGGUGCCUAUGCAAAUUUUCAGGGGAGGUUCCUACUUGCUUAUCUUCAAGUCCAGUGAAGGCUUUAAAGGUACUGAGAUUUGGUGAAACUGGUAUAGAGAAUCAGAUAGAGCUGAUCAAGCACUUCCUAGAGACAAUGCCACGUCUUGAAAAACUGACAGUACACUACGAUACAUCCAUAGAUGAUGAUCUGAUGAAAGUGUCAAGCCAACUUAACAACUUUGCAAGAGAAGCUUCACCAAACUGCGAGAUCCAUGUAAUCUCUGAUCGCCUCCUCAACUAAAACAAGAUCCUCUUCUUUCUGCCUUUUGUUCUUUAGUUAUUGUGACUUGUGUACGUGUCGGUUUAUUUGUCAUUUUGAUUGGGAAUACUCGGUUCUUAGCUCCAGUUUCGGUUCUUAGCUUGAGUAGCUAAUUUGUCAUACAAUACGUAAAGAAAA